CAUACAUUUAAAGUUAUGCUGAAUGUUGAGAAGGCAAAGUCAGCUGUGGUAACUGAUUCCUCGUCAAGGGCUGCCACGAUGGCCGUUGCCGGUGUAAACAGUGAUAAUAUAUCAACAACGAUGACAGAUCCGCCCCAGCCCAAGGGAAACGUCUCGUCGAAUCCUGGACGGAGGUCGAUCUCGAACGGCCCUUCGGAGCUCGGGCCGCCACCGCAGAAUGCCCCCGUCGGCCGACCUAACUCGGAACGACAUUCCGAGUCUCGCAAGAGCCCCAUCGGCGAGAUCGAAUUCCAGGUGUCCCAGGUGAUUUGCAGGCUGGAGGAGGCGGUGAUCGGGAAACCGUUGCCGGAGGAGUCGGAACGCGGCCGCGACAGGGCGGACGACAGCAUCCAGGAUGACUUCCACAGCCAGACCAAGACGGUCCUGCAGCAACUCGAGGAACUCCUUCUCAAUGACACAGAGAACGAAGCAGAGUAUGCCGCGCUGCCGGAGCUCUGUGAGUCCGGACGGCUCUCCGUACUCAGCCAUGCGAUUGCAGCUUUUGCAGGUUCUAUGGAAAGGAACCACGUGGCCAGCCUUUCUGCCAGAGUGUCAAAAGAUGUAGCCAACUGGAUAACCGACCUUUUUAGGUGUUUCAGUGGAAACUCUCUAGUUUGCUACCACGAUGACCAAUUAGAAGGGAUUGUAAAAAUAAUACGUUCUCUCUUACACAAAGAGGUCCCGCAUUAUGCUGAAAAUGGGUUUGAAGCGUUGAAAAAUAACAUCCCGAUUAUUUACACGAGUGCAUCUGCACCAGCUCGAAUCGCACAGUACAUAUGCAAACAGAUCGGUCUACCAUUUUCUUGUAUAAGCACGAUCCCGUGCAACACGCUAUUCGGGUCACAGAGGAUGGAUUUGGCAACGUUGGAAAGGGAAAUAGAGACAGAUUUUAAAAAUAAAAAACUCCCUCUUAUCGUUUUAGCGGAUGCAGGUACGCCGAUUUUUGGACAUGUUGACAACAUAACGAGGCUACAGGAGAUAUGCAGGAAUAAAGGAGUUUGGCUCCAUCUCCGCGGUCAUUCCCUCGCUGCCCUUGCCAUACCUGACCAACCGAAUCAGCUUGACUACAUUGCACACAGCAUGACUCUUCCAUUAGGCAUUUGGCUCGGCAUACCUGGACUUCCAACUGCCACUGUAUAUAAUUCACAAGCUUUAAGUCCAACUGCAGUCGGGUUGGACAAACCAGGCAGGAAGCUGGUGUCUCUACCUAUUUGGACUACAUUUCAGAGUUUAGGUACUGAAGAAAUCAAAAGGAGGCUGCGGGAUGCCUUUGAUUGGUGCUAUCAACUAUGGCAGCGAAUAGAAAAAUACCCAAAUAUUAGAUUGCUUAGUCAACCUCCUGGUGGUGAAGGAGGGCUUUUAACAGUGAACGAGUUAAUAUCAAAACCAGUCGCAUUAAAUGUAUUAUUUGAAGUAGCAGCUUCCACAGUUGUAUUCCAAUUUGUUCCUGAAAAUGUAGAAGGGCGUGUCCCACCGUAUUACGACAAAUUAAAUUCAUGGCUUAGCCAGAUGCUACAAAGAGAAAGCCCUAUUAUAAACAUAACACUUUGUGAAAUCGAAAACCAUGAAGUUGUUCUCAGGUACUGCCCUUUAGAGCCACAGCCUGGAGUUCAUGAGACGCCUGAUUUUGAUGCAUUUAUACUAUGCUUAGAACAGCAGAUUGAUAUUUUAUGCGCAACAGUGAAGCACAAAGCCGAGUUUCAAAGGCUAGUCGAAUCAUCGCAGACGUUAAAACUUGUAGAAAUUGAAGGCUGGGCUGGGCUGGGAGGAGUCCGCUACCAACCGUUAUCAUUUAAAGAUGCUCAAAUGACCGAUGAAGUUAAAGAACAACUCAACAAUCUCAAUAUUAACCUAGUAGAAAGACUACGGACUACUGAUGCUGCAUUCUCACUUGGUGAAGGCGGGGAUAAUAUGGCGUGUGUAAGAUUCGGGAUGGUCACGGCGGACACGGAUGUACUGGAACUUCUCCAUUUAGUCGAAACCGCUGGUUUGGAAGAGGAAGAGAGUGGAAAAGUGCUGGACACAAUGGUUGAAGUCGUCAAACGAGGAAUUGAGGCAGCGACACAAGAAUUACAACGAGAAAGCGACGAACAACUGUGGCAGGAGGGUAUUUUGAGGUCUGUUCCAGUUGUUGGAAGUUUUGUUAACUGGCUUUCUCCACACAACAAAGGCUCCGGGAUCAAAGGGCGAAGUCUUGAUCUCACAGCGGGAAUCGUAGCUUCGACAGAAAAUAUUUAUAGGUAUCAUAUGCAGUCUUCGCCAAACCAGCAACCUCUUGAGCAAACUUCAGUCGGUCAUUCAAGGUCUUCCUCAAUGUCGUCGAGCCAGCCACAACUUCCAUAGCGUCUGGAAGAGUUAAUGAGUUUUAAUGGAAGUUAUUCUAGUGUAAAAGGUGCUGACAUAAACCAAGUUUAUCUUUUAGCAUAAACUUUUAUUAAUCCCAAAUGAAAAACAAAACAAAUUCUUUAUUUUUAAUCAUUAGAUUCCGAGGCCAAUCUAAUCAUUAUUUUAAUAAUGAUUAAAGACAAUAAUGUUAGUCGGCCGAUAUUUAUUGAUUUAAUGAACUCUAUAAUUAUAUUAUCCACAGCAUUCGUUAUUUAGUCUUUUGCUUAGUUUAUGUAUUAGUUUAUGAAAUAGCUUUUCAUAAAAUUGAAUCCCAGAAUUAUCAUAAUGUAAAUUUUUUUGUUUACUACAAAUUAUACUUCAAACAUUACAUUAAUUCAUGCAUAUUUCCAACUCUUGUAAAUAUCGUAUAUUAUUAACAAUAUCAAGUUUUUUUUCUUCUAAUUUAUGCAUAUAAGAUCCUAAUAUUUUUAUAUAAUUAUGAACACCGUGUAAAUCGUUUUUGUAUAAAUGGCAUCUAUAUAAAACAUUUUGGGCAAGUUUGUGGGUUUUUUCUAUUUUUAUUUGUACAGUUUUAUUUUUGUUAAUUGCUUACGCAGUGAUGAAACUCGCUAUUUAUGUAAUAAAUUGUAAAUAUAUUUAUGUUUUUUUGUUGUAUCACAAGUGUUGAGCACAGAUUUCAUAUUGUCUUGCAAAAGAGAAGAAAAGAAAUAUGAACUUAAAUGAGUACACCAAAGAUGCCUGCAAUGUUUUCAUACAAAAUAAAUUACUUAACAUUUU